ACGUGAGGGAAAAUCGAAGCAAAGCCAAGCUGUGAAGUUCAGCAAUGGCCUAAACAACGGCGGAAAUCCCAAUUCAUUAAUGGCCGAAACAAAGGCGGGAGCCCCAACCAACCAGAUACCCAUCCCUUCUCUUCUUCUAUAAGCCAAAAAAAUAAAACAUACUUGGUGGGUUUGAUUUAGAUUUGCAAAGGAAAGAUGAGUUUCUUUGGUUUUAGUGGAUCAUCACUACAUUCUUCUUCAAAUGCUUCUUCUUCUUCAAUGGAUUUUUGGUUUCAAAAUGAAAGAAUGAAUUUUGGUUAUGGAUGGGCUACUCCCUUUGCGCUCCUUCUCAUUCUCAUUUUCCACUUCUCCAAGCGACUCUUCUCUUCUUCUCCUCCUCCUCCUCCUAAACGAAACCUCGUUUCUUCUUCUCCAGCUUCCACUGCUACUGAUAUUGGUUCCUCUAAUUUCAGAAUUUCAGAGAUCGUUUCAGAAGCUGAUUUGAAGUUUUUGAUUGAAGUUUUGGAUGGGAAACUAACUGAGAACGAGAGUGAGAAAUGGGAAAAUGUUACAAAUAAGAAAAACAAUCUUCUAGCUUAUACCGCCAAAUGUUUCAAACCAAAGGAUGCUCCGAUAAAGUACUUGAGUGUGAUGGUUUUUGAAAACUGCACCACAGAGGUGCUUAGGGACUUCUACAUGGACAAUGACUACAGAAAUCAAUGGGAUAAGACCAUAGUUGAGCAUGAGCAACUGCAGGUGGAUAGAACUAAUGGAACUGAAAUUGGUCACACAAUAAAGAAAUUUCCACUGUUGACCCCAAGAGAAUACGUUUUAGCAUGGAGAUUGUGGGAAGGAAAAGAUAAGACAUUCUACUGCUUUAUUAAGGAUUGUGAACAUCCUUCAGCUGCAAGACAGAAGAAGUUUGUACGAGUGAAGUUCUUUAGAUCUGGUUGGAAGAUCAGUAAAGUCCCUGGUAGAAAUGCCUGUGAGAUCAAAAUGUUUCACCAAGAAGAUGCUGGUUUGAAUGUGGAGAUGGCAAAGUUGGCUUUCUCUAGGGGCAUAUGGAGCUAUGUAUGCAAGAUGAAUAAUGCACUGCGCAAAUACCCUGUGAUUAGUCAUCCUCAGACAGGUCCAGCUGUCACUGCAGUAUCUUUAAUCCAGAAGGUUCCACCUGAACUAGAAACAAUGAACAGUCUUUUGGAUACUCAGGCAACUCUGACAUUGACUGCCCCACGGGGAUUAGUUACUGGUGAAGCCAAAGAGAAGAAAUUCCCAAGAAGGCCAUCUAGGAAAAUUAUAGGAAAUGGUCUGCUUCUUCUAGGGGGUAUCAUCUGCCUGUCUCGUGGGCGCUCUAGCCUAUGUGCUAAAGUUGCCAUGGCAUAUAUCCUGACAAAGCUGAGAAAACGUGAUGAGUCGUCAAGCAAAGGAAGGGAAAGAUGAGGUAUAUGAUGACGUUGUAUGACCAAUACUAAUGCUGCCGGACUCAAUAAUAUCACGCAGUUUUAUUAAGCAUGGAAUCUGACCUGUAUACCUUUUAAAGAGAUAGCAUAUUAAGCCCCUUUGUCUACGAGGAAGCUGAAUUUCUUUCUAAUCAAGAUUUUUGUUC